UUUUUUACUUAAUUCUACAGCCACGAAUCUGUUUUCAUUGCAGAAUAUGCCGAUUUUCGGCGACUCUUCCCCUUAUGAUGAAAUUGUUGAGAAGGUGACCGCUGAUACUUUGACGAGUGAAAAUUGGGAAUUAAUGAUAGAUAUUUGUGAUCGUGUAAAUGCUGAUGGAAUUAAGGGAUGUAAACAAGCUCUUCUUUCUGUCAAAAAGCGUCUCAAUCAUCGAGAUCCUCAUGUUGUUUUGUUUGCACUUUCUCUUUUGGAUUGUCUUUGGAGUAAUUGUGGACAGAAAUUUAGACGAGAAGUUUCUUCAAAAGAAUUUAUUGGAGAAUUGAACUACAAAUGCACAAAUAGUAACCGAGUUGUGGCCGAAAAGGCGCGGAUUCUGGUCAAAAAAUGGGUUGAAAAUGAGUGUAGCCUUAGUUUUGAUAAUGAUCCAACUUUAACUAAGAAAGCGCCAAUAAUUAGUAAUGAUCCAAAUGUUGUGAGUAGUGAUCAGGAACAGGCAGAUAUUGCUAGAGCAAUUGCUUUGUCUCUUCAAGAAAGUGGAGGUAAUAAACAACAAAAUUCAACAAAAGCAAAUAAUUCUUAUCCGGCACUUUCUUCUUCUGAUUUUAAUUCAAAUGUCAACUUUCCAAAUUCGUCUGGACAUCAACCACCUUCAGUUGCCGCUAAACAAGCCCGUGCUCUUUACGAUUUUGAAGCGGCUGAAGAUAAUGAAAUUAGUUUUACUACUGGGGAGGUGAUUACUGUUUGUGAUGAUAGUGAUCAAAAUUGGUGGAGAGGUGUAAAUUGUCGAGGUGUUAAUGGCCUUUUCCCAGCUAGUUUUGUAACUACAGAUUUAACUAAAGAACAACCAAAUUUGCCAGUACCAAAAGAUUCAAACGAAAAUAUUGAGGAAUUAAAUACUUCUACGGCAACAAUGAAAGUCCAAAUUGAUGAAAAUAUUUUGCUUAAAUGUAUUGAAUUAAUUGAGGAUUUGGAUCCGUCGUUAGAUGCUUCGUCUGAUCCUCCUGAACUUGCUCUUCUUGAAAAUAAAGCGAUGGCUCAAGCACCUUUAAUUGACCAAAAACUUAUGAAAAUUGAUAAGCAAUUAAAUUCUUUGGCAGCAGUUGAUUUGGCUAUUCGAGAUGUUUUGGGUGCAUAUGAUAAUGCUGUUCAGCAAGUUGUUGGAGGGACUUCUUCUUCUUCCUCUUCAACAAUUCCAAAUAACAUUCAACAGCCAAUAAUUACUUCAAAUCAAUUAAUUAAUCAACAACAAAUUCAAAUGUUGCCAACUUCAGCAUCAAUUCCAGUUGUUAGUCAACAUCACCAACAACAACAAAUAUCUCAACAUUGGCAGCAAAUGUGA